CGCAUGCGUGUUACAUGACAAUUGACGUGUCUUUAGUUUUGGUUGAAUCGAAUCUGUUAAUAACUUAAUCAAAAAAAUAUUAAAUAAAAAUCGUAUUUUUUAAAAUAAAUCAUGGCCCCUAAGGAAAAACCGGAAGCCGCGAAGGUAAAAAUCAACAAAUGGGAUGGAUCUGCGGUAAAAAAUGCUUUAGAUGAUGCUGUUAGAGAGGUGCUUAUUACUAAUUUUAAGUACAAAGAAAAUCAUUCCCUCAUGGAUGGGAGAUUAUUUAUUUGCGGAAUUGCUGUUGGUGUGGCAAUGUUCGCUUUGUUAUGGGAUCAUUUAUACCCAUUUCCACAAUCGAGGCCUAUUCUUAUAUUUUGUGUUACCACUUAUUUUGUAAUGAUGGGGAUCCUUACUCUUUACACUACUUAUAAGGAAAAGGGCAUUUUUGCUGUUGCUAUACAAAAAACUGGUUCAAAAGAUAAUGUAUGGGAAGUCAGUUCAGUACUUAAAAAAUAUGAUGAUAAAUAUAAUCUAUCUUUGGCAUUUAUCGAUGGAAAAAAUGGGAAAAGAAGAGAAGCUUGCAUACAAAAAAGUGUAGCGAAUUACAUUGAUGUAAAUGGCAGUAUAGUACAAGAUCUGGUUGAUACAGAAGUAACAAAACUGCACAAUUCUCUUUUAAAUGAUCGUAAAGAUAACUAAAACAAUACCUUAAAGAAGCAUCUCAAUUUUUUUUUUAAAUAAAUGCAUUUAUUGUAACUUAAAACUUAAAUUGAAUACAAAGAUUAAA